AGAGAGAGACAACAAGUGGUUGAUUUAAAUAUUGUUAUCGAAGCGCUGUUUUCAUUAUCAUUUAUUUAGUUGUUGCCAUUCAGUGUUACAGACAAGGUUAAGAUAUUUGAUGAAAAUGAUUCGUUCAGCGACAUCACCUUUAUUAAAUAUUCUUAAGAGAAACUACUCGAAUGUAGCACCCACCACAAAAUUAUUCAUUGACGGGCAGUUUAUAGAAUCUAAGGCUACAGAAUGGGUCGACUUACAUGAUCCUGCUACCAAUAACCUUGUCACUAAAGUACCACAGAGUACCAAAGAGGAAAUGGAAUCUGCCGUGCAGUCAUGCCAAAAUGCAUACGAAACCUGGAAAAACACAUCGGUAUUAACUAGGCAACAACUUAUGCUUAAAUUGCAGGCCCUUAUUAGGCGAGAUAUAAAGAAAAUUGCUGCGAAUAUUACCUUGGAGCAAGGGAAAACAUUACCAGAUGCUGAUGGUGAUGUUAUGAGAGGAAUUCAGGUUGUUGACCACGCAUGUGCUGCAGGAACCCUUUUGCAAGGAGAAUCUUUACAAGGCAUAACCACUGACAUGGAUAUUGUCUCUUAUAAAGUUCCAAUUGGAGUUACCGCUGGUAUUUGUCCAUUUAACUUUCCUGCAAUGGUUCCACUGUGGAUGUUUCCCCUGGCAUUAAUUGCGGGAAAUACCAUGGUAGUUAAACCUUCUGAACGUGAUCCAGGUGCAACGAUGCUUCUUAUGGAACUGUUAAAUGAAGCGGGAUGUCCACCAGGAGUUGUAAACGUAAUUCAUGGUACACAUGAUGCAGUUAACUUUAUAUGCGAUAAUCCAUUAAUAAAGGCAGUAAGCUUUGUUGGUGGCGAUAGGGCAGGCAAGCAUAUAUACCAAAGAGGUGCUGCUAGUGGAAAAAGAAUUCAGUCUAACAUGGGAGCCAAGAACCACGCGAUACUUCUUCCAGAUGCUGAUAAAAAUGCUGCUUUAGACUCUUUGGUUGGAGCUGCGUUUGGUGCUGCUGGGCAAAGAUGUAUGGCCUUAAGUGUUCUUAUAAUGGUAGGGGAAGCUCAAAAAUGGAUUCCAGAGCUGGUAGCGAAAGCAAGUAAAUUAAGGGUAAAUGCAGGGCAUGAGCCAGGAACAGAUGUUGGUCCUGUUAUUUCUCCACAAGCCAAGCAGAGAAUUUUACAAUUAGUCGAAGCUGGAAUCAAACAGGGUGCAAAAUGUGUCCUAGAUGGCCGCAACAUAAAAGUAGACAAAUACCCCAACGGAAACUUCGUAGGACCAACUAUUCUAACAGAUGUACAGCCCUCACACGAUUGUUACAAGGAAGAGAUUUUUGGACCAGUAUUAUCUGUUAUGAGUGCGAAUACCUUGGAGGAAGCAAUUUCUAUCAUAAACGCCAAUCCUUAUGGUAACGGAACUGCUAUCUUCACCACAAGUGGAAACCAUGCCAGGCAAUUUGUUCAUGAAGUUGAUGCUGGUCAAGUGGGCGUUAACGUUCCAAUUCCUGUACCAUUACCGAUGUUUAGCUUUACGGGUUCGAGAGGCAGUUUUCAUGGAGAUUUGCAUUUCUAUGGAAAACAGGGACUGAACUUUUACACUGAGACCAAGACUAUUACCUCACUUUGGCGAAAGGGCGCUACUCCUGCAACAUCUACUCCUUCUGUAUCUAUGCCUGUUCAUAAUUGAGUAUUUCUGAUUUUAAUUUAAGUAUUACAUAAGUUUUUUAAAUAUUGUGUUUCGCCUUCAUCUAAUCGUUACAAAUAAAAGCCAAAAUAUUACA